AUGGCGCACAGGAAACGACACGCCGAAGAACCCCUCGAUGAUCUCGCUGGCGUAGCCUCACCCGCCUCCAAGCGCUCCAAAACUGUCGAUUCCUUCAUCUCAAACGGAUCGCUUGAGAACGGCCACAAUGACGAGGGGACACUCACAACCGAAUCACAAGCUGCUGACGAUAGUGAACUCGAUGAUGAAACACCCCUUCAAGCACCGACCCGUCAAUCGGCACCGACAGACGGCUACGGCGAUCUCUACCUCGACACGAUAGACCGCAACGUGCUCGACUUCGACUUCGAGAAGCUGUGCUCCGUCAGCCUGUCCAACAUCAACGUCUACGCGUGCCUUGUAUGCGGACGCUACUACCAGGGCCGUGGGCCCAAGUCGCACGCUUACUUUCACGCGCUCGAUGAGAACCACCACGUCUUUAUUAACAUGCAGACCCAAAAGGUCUAUGUGCUCCCCGAGGGCUAUGAGGUCAAUUCGAAAUCGCUCGACGACAUCAAGUUUGUGUCAGACCCGCGGUACACAAGGCAGGAGGUCGCCGCGCUCGACAAGCCACCACUGCGUGCUUCGUUCACCCUGGUCGGCAAGGAGUACGCCCCGGGGUUUGUGGGCAUGAACAACCUCAAGGAGAACGACUACCUGAAUGUUGUGGUGCAGGCCCUCGCACAUGUCGUGCCGCUGAGAAACUUCUGUCUCUUGGAGGAUCUAUCGUCUCGGUCGGAAUUGGCGAAGCGUUUUGGCAUUUUGGUGCGCAAGAUCUGGAACCCGCGCGCCUUUAAGGCACAUGUGUCUCCUCACGAACUGCUGCAGGAGAUCUCGUUGCUGUCGAACAAGCGGUACACACUGACGGCGCAGUCGGACCCGGUUGAGUUCCUAUCAUGGUUUCUGAACAACCUGCACCUGGGGCUGGGUGGGUCAAAGACGAAGGCUGGGAGCUCUGUUGUUCAACGGAUUUUCCAGGGCAAGCUCAAGGUUGAAUCGCAGGCAAUCACAGCGCGUGCCGAUGCGGGCGAUCGUCUGCGGUUCGAAGACGCCGCCGUCUCGGUGACGACGUCGCGGUUCAUGUUUUUGACCCUUGACCUACCCGCAGCGCCCCUCUUCCAGGACGAACUGGAAAAGAACAUCAUCCCUCAGGUGCCCUUGACGACAAUUCUCUCAAAAUACGACGGCAUCCACGCGCAGGAACACCUUGCCCAGCGCAAGCGGUAUCGCCUGCUGCACCCUCUCCCCCCGUACCUCGUCCUCCAUGUCAAGCGCUUCAGCCAGAACAAGUUCGUCUCGGAGCGCAACCCUACGAUCGUCACAUUUGACCCACGGGGGCUCGAUGUCAGCCCGUAUGUAGAGCCGAACACCAGUGAAUGGCCCCCCGGCGAGCCCAUCUGGUACGACCUAGUCGCCAACGUUGUACAUGAGGCCGUCCGCGCCAAGGAGGACGUCGCGGACAGCGGAGAAGAGCGCAAGACGUGGAAGGUGCAGCUCAAGGACAAGGGGCGCGACGAAUGGGUAUCGUGUCAGGACUUGUUUGUGGAGAAGGUGCAGAGCGAGUUAUUGUACCUGGGUGAGACGUAUCUACAGGUCUGGGAGAGGCGCAAGACGCCGAAAAGGGCGUGA